GAGGUGGAGCCGGCGGGACACCCAAGCACGCAUGCGCAGAAGCGGCCAGGUCGAGCCCAAGGUGUCCGCCGGCAGGAGAACCCGGAAAUUUGUCCGGGAUGCUUCGGCCCUUUGUCAGACUGAGCCUUUGGCAUGUGGUGCCAGGCCAGGCCUCCUGCAGGAGCAGCUGCCUUUUGGGGAGAAGAUGCCCGUUUCUCUGCAAACAAGACAGGUGCCGCUUCCACAGCCGGCUUGCAUCUUUGGUUGGUGGCACAGGCCGGAAAGCUUCUCUGCUGAAUGCCUUGGAAAAGGGUGCAUCCGACUCCGCAGCCCAGGACACCUGUCUGGGAGCGAGAGGGUCUUCGCACCCCGGCAGGACACAGUGGCACGCGGCCGGCUGGAGGUCUUUCUCCCAGGGGACCCCGCAGAGCCCCUCGUCCAGCCCCCGCCUCCCGUUCAAGACCCGACUGCUCAUCACGGUCCUCUUGGGUGGCGGCAUCCUGGCCGGCUGGCUGUACCUGCGGGAAGAGAAGCGCCGGCAGGAGAAACUGAGGCGCAUUGAGGAGCUGCGGAAGCUGGCUCUUGGGCAGGGGGAUUUCCGGCUGCUGGACCACACAGGGCGGCCCCGCUCUAAGGCCGACCUGCGGGGCAGCUGGGUCCUGCUCUACUUUGGCUUCACCCACUGCCCGGACAUCUGCCCCGAGGAGCUGGAGAAGAUGAGCCGGGUGGUGGAGCUGCUGGACGGCGAAUCCCACCUGCCCAGAGUCCAGCCCGUCUUCAUCACGGUCGACCCCGAGAGGGACGACGUGCCGGCGGUGGCCAAGUACGUCCGGGAUUUCCACCCGCGCCUCCUGGGGUUGACGGGCACCCCCGAGCAGGUGCGGGAAGUGGGCCGGGCGUUCCGGGUCUACGCCAGCGCCGGCCCCCGAGACGAGGACGGCGACUACAUUGUGGACCACACCGUUAUCAUCUACCUGCUCAGCCCAGACGGGCUCUUCCUGGACUAUUACAACCGGAACAAGACGGAGGCACAGAUUGCCAAGAGCGUGCAGGGACACAUGGACACCUACAAGAGCCUCUUUGGCUGAGAUGGUGGCCUGGCAGGUGACUCUCUCA